UUCCUACUGGUUUUUGGAUGCCUGGUUCUGUCAGUUUUUUCUACCAUCCCAGAUCACCAAAACUUUGCAUCUCGGUGCCUAUUAAUUCUGGAGUUUGUCAUGAUUGUUGUCUUUGGCCUGGAGUUUAUCAUUCGCAUCUGGUCUGCUGGCUGCUGUUGUCGGUACAGGGGAUGGCAGGGCCGGUUACGCUUUGCAAGAAAACCAUUCUGUAUAAUAGAUAUCGUAGUUCUUAUUGCCUCUGUGGCAGUUGUUUCUGCUGGAACUCAGGGUAACAUUUUUGCAACUUCUGCACUCAGAAGUCUCCGCUUUCUGCAAAUCCUACGGAUGGUGCGGAUGGACAGAAGAGGAGGAACGUGGAAGUUGUUAGGCUCGGUUGUUUAUGCACACAGUAAGGAGCUAAUUACAGCUUGGUACAUUGGAUUUUUAGUUUUAAUCUUCUCAUCUUUCCUUGUGUACCUUGUGGAAAAAGAAGAAAAUGCACAAUUUUCUACUUACGCUGAUGCACUCUGGUGGGGUACAAUUACAUUGACAACAAUAGGCUAUGGUGACAAGACACCCCAGACCUGGCCCGGAAGAAUGCUUUCUGCUGGAUUCGCUCUCCUCGGCAUUUCUUUCUUUGCACUGCCUGCUGGGAUCCUUGGCUCAGGGUUUGCUCUAAAAGUGCAAGAGCAACAUCGGCAGAAGCAUUUUGAGAAAAGGAGAAACCCAGCAGCCAGCUUAAUUCAGUGUGUAUGGCGUAGUUAUGCGGCUGAUGAGAAAUCGGUUUCCAUUGCUACCUGGAAGCCUUAUUUGAAGGCCUUGCAUACCUGCAGCCCUACAAAGAGAGAACAAGGGGAAGCAGCAAGCAGCCAAAAGCUAAGUUUCAAGGAGCGUGUAAGGAUGGCCAGCCCCAGGGGUCAGAGUAUUAAGAGCAGACAGUCAUCAGUUGGAGAUCGACGUUUUUCACCAAGUGCUACUGAUGUCACUGUAGAAGGAAGUCCAGCUAAGGUGCAGAAGAGUUGGAGCUUCAAUGACAGAACCCGCUUUCGACCUUCGCUGCGACUGAAGAGUUCCCAGUCCAAAACUACAGCAGAUGCAGACACAGGCCUUGGAGCAGAUGACGUGUAUGAUGAGAAAGGCUGUCACUGUGAUGUCUCAAUGGAAGAUCUCACCCCAACUAUCAAAACUGCCAUCAGAGCCAUCAGAAUAAUAAAAUUUCUUGUUGCCAAGAGAAAGUUUAAGGAAACCCUGCGGCCAUAUGAUGUGAAGGAUGUGAUUGAACAAUAUUCAGCAGGACAUCUGGAUAUGCUGUGCAGAAUCAAAAGCCUUCAGACGCGAGUUGAUCAGAUUCUUGGCAAAGGUCAAAUUGCAACAGAUAAGAAAAGCAGGGAAAAGCUUGCUCCAGAAAACGAGACUGCUGACGAACUUAGUAUGCUCGGUCGUGUUGUCAAGGUGGAAAAACAGGUGCAAUCCAUAGAGUCAAAACUGGAUUCUCUUUUGGAUAUCUACAGAGAAGUCUUAAGAAAGGGUUCUGAAUCUGCUCUUACUCUUGCUUCGUUACAAAUGCCACUUUUUGAGUGUGAUCAAACGUCUGAUUACCAGAGUCCAUUGGAAAACAAAGAUGUCCUUGGGUCUGUACCAAACAGUGCAACAUUGUCUAGAUCUGCUAGUGCCAAUCUGCCCCGAGGGCUACAGCUAAUAUUAACACCAAAUGAUUUGUGCCCACCUGCGUAUUAUGCUUUGACUCCUACUGUGCAGAGUCAACAAUCACAUGUGCCAGUUAAUCAAAGUGAUGUACCUCUAUCAACAGCAGCUAAUAAUUUAUCAAACCAAAUGAUGCAUGCCAAUAAAUCAACUGUGCCAACGACACUGCAGAUACCACCUCUGCCGUCUGUGAUGAAACGCAUUAACAGGCCAGGACCAAUCAAUAUCAUUCCUGUAACCACCCAGGAAAAUAGUUCUGAUGUAACUGCAUGUCUUGUUGUAGAUAAAGACAAUAGACAUGUUUUGAAGUGUAACUUAGCAGAUGAUGCACCUUGGAGAAAAGGUCUUGGUAUUGAAGAAGAGGAAGAAGAAGAGACUCUAGUUUCAGUUUCCUCUGUAAAGAAAAGCAAAUUAGAAAAAUCCCUUUCUGCACAAAACCUGAUCCAGUCAACAGAAGAACUUAAUAUAAAACAUUCAGGUAGUGACUCAAAUGGCUCACAAAGUAGCCAGGAGCUGUACCAUAAGUGGAGAGAUUCAAAACUGUUUAUCACGGAUGAGGAGGAAUAUGACACAGAGACAGAAACAGAUACUUUUGAUUUAGUCUCACAACCGACAGUAGAAACACCUCUCUCUUCUGACUCACAGAGGACUGGAAUAGCACGAUCAGCUCACACCAUUAACAAGACGGAAGAUGCUACAGAUGCUGUUAGCUUGCCUCAUGUUAAACUAAAAUGACACAGCAAUUGUAAACAAUAACUUCUUUUAGUCAUUCAUACCAUUGCAUGAUUUAAACUGAAAGCCCUUAUUAAGAGGGAGUUAAAAUUGCAAGACCUGGAAGAAAAUGAAAGGCAGUUGUAUGAGCCCAUUUCUCUUUGCAUGAAUGAAUGCAUGUUUAAAUUAAGACUGCAAUUCAGUUAAUAGUAUAUCUACAUUAACCCUUUCAGUUUGCAUUGUAGGUUUACUAAAUGAUUCAGCAUAGAUGAUAUUAUCUGGGUAUGCCAAAUAGCAGUGAAUGGAGUACUUCAGCAUAAUGCUACUGUACUUAUAAUGCAGCAAGGAUCCUAAGCAAGAUGUAAUUUAGUUGUUAAAAUUUAUAAAAUGAAUUUACAUAAUUAGGUUUUUGUUUACAAUGCAAAUAUUUUUUAUCUACAGCUGCUAGCAAGGUACUGAAGAAAUCGUUAAUGUGGGAAUUAGUAUGGCUGCUACUUACAGAUCACCACAUGAAGUCAUUCUCCUUUAAUUAUUUGAAUGUUACCACGAUAUGAAUGUGUAUUUAUGUAUAGUUUUGGUGGUCUUCGUGAUGUGACAAGAUGCACUCCACAUCACAGUUAAAUUGUUCUUUAUUAAAAGAACAUCACUUUGCUAUGAUAUGUACAACUUCAGAAGAUUUAUUAUAAUUCAAAAAUGAAAAAGGUCAGUCUUAAUCAUGGCUUUAAUGCUGUAAAAUGUGAUAAGACAACAUACUUAAAACUUUUUUUUUUCAUUUCUUUAUUUUUAACAGAACAAUUGCAAUGCUGCAGUUGUUUCCUUAUCCUUUUUUAAAAUAUUCAGUAUCAUUAUAGAACUGCUUUGCUAAGUAAAGAAAAAUACAUACUGUUUAAUAUAUACAGAAUUCAGUUUAUAAAUAUGUACUGUAUGAGCUGUAUGAAUAUGGAGCGCUAAGGCCUAUAGGUUAUGCUUGAACAAAACUCACUUGGCAAUUUCAGAACGAUGUCUUGAAGCACAAACAAGUAGCUGGCAAACAAUCCGAUUUACACUUUUAAUGCAUACUGAUAUUAUUUUGUAAACACCACAUGGUAAAGAUCCUCCAACAUACUUCUGCAAUCAUUAAGGAAGAUAUUGCUGAAGAAAGUGUAUUUCUCCGCCCAUCUCAGUACUUUAAACACAUUAACUUGUUUGAUACUCUAAAGAUGUAUGAUGUCAAAGAUUACGGUUUCAGAUUCAUGAAUGUUUGUAUUUCUGCCUAGCCAAAUCCAUUUUGUAAAUUUAAAGUACUGUACAACAUAUGAAAAAAGCUUAAUCCAUGUUUUCAUUCAGUUAGCAGCUGUUUAAGGUGCCUUUCUUACCUCUUACUUUGAUGCUCAGAAAUGUUGCUGGUCCUAUAAUCCUGGGAGAAGUUGCCAGGAUAUGGGGAGUAGCUUGGGGAUAGAGUGAGAAUAACAAAACAUGUGCCAGUAAUCAUAUCCCCUGCUGCUAAAUUAUAUAUACAUUUUUGUUACAUAUCUGUUAACACAUUUUAAUAUAUUAAUUUCACAUAGGACUUUAACACACACACAACUGGGCAUUUGCCUUAAAUUACUUGCUUGAAAAGUUGAUUUCUGUUUGUUUACCUUAAUUUAUUUAAUGCAAUAUCAUGCACAAAACUGUGCAAUUCUAUAAACCAUGUCGCUUGUUGCAGUUUUUUUCAAAAUAAAUAAAAACAGGAAGACCAUAACACUGGUACUUUUUUAUCCUGGAAAAUUAAAUGAUGUGGUAUUCAGCUGUGUCUAAAAUGGUGUAUGCUUAAACUUUGCAUACAUAUCUUCAUAAGACAACAUUCAUUAACAGAAUAAAAAGUAUUAAAACAU